CCCAAGAUCUCGUCAAUUUCUCGUCCCUUAAUUCUUUACAAAAUUAAAUAAAAACUCCCCAAUUCCCCAACCUAUAUAUCUCCCAAUUUCCAUCACCCAACAUCUGAAAAAUUCAAUUCCACUAUUGAACCCAAAAUUUACAGAACCAGCACAGCUUUGUAGCCCCAUAAGAGGAAACAAGACUAUCAAUUAUGGCUUAGGCAGCCUUGUAAUAAAAAAAAAGGUAAAACCCAAUUUAAUGUUUUUUAACAUAUAAACUGGGGGAAGCACCCAACCCUAUCAAUUCUCUUGGAGAGAAGAGCAGCUCAAAUUAGGGUUAGGGUUUUCCUAUUUUGCUCUCUUUCUGGGAAUUUCAUAUCCACCCCCAGUUUUCUGGGUUCAGUUUUUUUUUUUAAAUUAUUAUUCCCUAUUUGCCCUUGCCAGUAUUGAAUUUCUGUCAUAUUGAAAUGCCCAGAUCGUUGUCUAGACGCCUUUGAAAGUCUGGGUCUUGUUUGUCAUUUUCAAAUUUCUGUGGGGGUAUAACAAGAAAAAAAGAAAAAGACACAGAGCUUCACUUUUUUGGUUCUCUUCAGUGCUUUUUUUUUUCUUUUGCCCUGGUGUGGUCUUCUGGGUUAUUACAAACAGCUAGGGUUAGGGUUUUUGGAUCUCUAAUCAGAUUUACCAAUUUAGCCUUGUAGGGAUUUUGGGAGCCUGGGUUUUAGUUUUCUUCCGAUCAAUUUUGAUUUUUAAUUUCCUGUUGUUGAUUUGAUUUUGGGUUUCUGGGCGUAGUGAGUGGAGUUCGAGCUGGCUGUGAAUUUCAAAGUGUUAAUUCAACGACAUUGUUUUGCAGAACCCUAUUUAACUGGAGCUUUGUAAUAGCGUCUCUGAGUUGAGAUUCUAGGUGUAAGGUUCUUCAGAAGAUUGUUGGACUUGAGCCACUUGUUGUGGAUCCUUUACUUUCGUAACAUUGAAGUUUAUAAGCCUGAAGAUAAGGGAUUAAAGCCUGCUUCCUUUGAUCCUUACAUUGAUUAUCUCCAUAUAUACGAAACAUUUCGGAAAGCUUCUAUCCAUUAUUGGUAGCUGGAGAUACUAUGGGGACAGAACUCAUGAGAGUUUGCAUGAAGGAAGACAAUGAUGAGUUUCCAUCUGUUCCACCUGGAUUUGAGUCAUUCACAUCUUUCAGCUUAAAAAGGGUGAAUGAAAGUGAGAUACAAGAUAGCGAAAACCUAAUCAGUUGCUGUGCCACUACUAGUACUUCUGAAUCACAGUCUGUUCAGAUGGAAAGUCUUAGUGAUGUUGCUGAAGGUGCAAAGAGGUCUCAACAGCGGAGACCAUUGGUGAACAAUAGACGGUAUAAUAACUAUGCUGAGGAUGAGUCUGAUUAUGAGAGCCUUGAUCAAAGUCUUCUACUAAGGUCACUUCUUCCUAAGGGGGUUAUACGCGGAUGUCCCGAGUGUAAUACCUGCCAAAAGGUAUCUGCACGAUGGCAUCCAGAUGAUGGUCAAAGGCCUGACAUCCAGGAUGCUCCAGUAUUCAGACCAACUGAAGAGGAGUUCAAAGAUACUUUGAAAUACAUAGCAAGCAUACGCCCCAAAGCUGAACCAUAUGGUAUUUGUCGCAUCGUUCCUCCCUCUUCAUGGAGACCUCCCUGUCCUCUUAAGGAAAAGAAUGUUUGGGAGACUUCUAAGUUUGCUACUCGCGUUCAAAGAGUUGACAAACUUCAAAAUCGAAAUUCAAUGAGAAAGAUUCCUAAAAGUCAGAAUCAUAUGAAGAAGAAAAGGAGAAGAUGCACACGAAUGGGGGCUGAUUGUCCUGGUGGUGGUAGAGGAUUUGGGGAUGAUGGAAAUUGUGAGGCAGAAAGGUUUGGGUUUGAACCUGGUCCAGAGUUUACUUUAGGAGCAUUUGAAAAAUAUGCUGAUGACUUCAAGAACCAAUACUUUAGCAAGAAUGAACAUGUUACUGGUAUAGGAGGUCACUUGAGUGAAGUCAAAGAGCGCUGGGAGCCUUCUGUGGAAAAUAUUGAGGGUGAAUAUUGGCGGAUGGUGGAGAAACCCACAGAAGAAAUUGAGGUUCUAUAUGGGGCUGAUCUGGAAACAGGAGUUUUCGGAAGUGGUUUCCCCACGAUGUCCGGUCCGGACGGUUUUACUUCAGAGGAGCAGUAUAUAACUUCUGGCUGGAACUUGAACAACUUUCCUAGAUUGCCUGGAUCUGUCCUUUCUUACGAAAGCAGUGAUAUAUCUGGUGUUCUGGUGCCAUGGUUAUAUAUAGGGAUGUGUUUUUCUUCCUUUUGCUGGCAUGUUGAAGAUCACCACUUGUACUCAUUAAAUUACAUGCAUUGGGGUGCUCCGAAGUUGUGGUAUGGUAUACCUGGUAGCGAUGCCUGUAAAUUUGAAGAGAUUAUGAGAAAGAACCUCCCUGACCUAUUUGAAGAACAACCUGACUUGCUUCAUAAGCUGGUCACACAGCUCUCCCCCUCCAUACUGAAAUCUGACGGGGUACCAGUGUAUAGAUGUUGUCAGAAUCCUGGAGAGUUUGUCCUGACCUUUCCACGAGCGUACCACUCUGGGUUCAACUGUGGUUUCAAUUGUGCAGAGGCGGUUAAUGUAGCGCCUGUUGAUUGGUUGCCUCACGGACAGGUUGCCAUAGAGCUAUACCAAGAGCAGGGACGAAAGACAUCCAUUUCCCACGAUAAACUGUUGCUUGGUGCUGCAAGGGAGGCGGUAAGAGCACAUUGGGAACUCAAUUUACUGAAGAAGAACACUUUCGAUAACUUAAAAUGGAAAAAUUUCUGUGGAAAGGAUGGGAUCUUAGCCAAAGUUCUUAAGGCACGUGUUGAAAUGGAGCGUGUGAAGAGGGAAUUUCUUUGCAAUUCUUCCCAGGCAUUGAAGAUGGAGAGCAAUUUUGAUGCCACAAGUGAGAGGGAAUGCAGUAUAUGCUUUUUUGAUUUGCAUCUGUCAGCAGUUGGCUGUCAUCAAUGCUCGCCAGAUAGAUAUGCAUGCUUGAAUCAUGCAAAGCAAUUCUGUUCGUGUGCUUGGAGCUCUAAGUUUUUCCUCUUUCGUUAUGACAUCGAUGAAUUAAAUAUCCUUCUUGAAGCAUUGGAAGGCAAGUUGAGUGCAGUGUACAGAUGGGCUAGAUUAGAUCUUGGGUUGGCCUUAAGUUCUUAUAUUGGCAAAGACAGCAUGAAAGUUGGUAAAUUAUCAUACGUCUCCAAUAACACUAUACUUGAAGGUGUGAGCUCACAGCCGAAUUGCUUUAAAGAUCCACUAGGGAAAGAAAUCUUUAAAGAUGAUCCUGGAAGGUCGACUGGGAGAGAAGAAUCAUUUCUUAGCACUGCGAACUCUCUGCAGGUUUGCCAGUUGUCACGAGAAGACACAUCCUAUGCUUUGAACUUGGCUGAAAAGGAUUCUGGGAUGAAGAUGACUGCAAUUGAGGAUAUCAUACUUCUUAGUGAUGAUGAAAGUGAUGAACCAAAGAAGGAUGAUGAAAGUGUUGAACCUAAGAAGCAACAAUCAGACAGUAUUACUGCGAUAUCUUCUGGUGACCAGUUAGAACUUUCUAAUGGAUUGGUGGCUUCUGAUGCAAAAGUGAGCUCUUAUGAUGUUGAGACAGAUGCAGUCUUAACUAUGCCCGUAACAGAUGCAGCUCUGAUGGUUGAACAAGUUGCAAAUCCGUUGGGUAGUGAGGAUGAAAAAUCUGAUAUUCUGAAUGUAAAAGAUGAACAGGAGAAUGAUGGUCAAUCACGAUCCAAUUCACCAAAUCUUCCUUCCACAUGUGAUUCUGUUGGGGCAGAACAUGUACCAGACAUUUGCCAUGUUGGUGAAGCCAAGGUUUCUAUUUCUAGGAGUGAACCAAAAGAUACACAACCGUGUCCCAGUAUAAAACCUGAGAAUGAGGACAGACAUGAAAACAAAGGAAGAAAUGUCGAUGCAAAUAUAGUGGAUAAUGUGAGAACUGCAAAUGGAAACCCAUCAUCGGGCCUAAACAAUUUGGACAGAUAUUAUCGCCAGAAAGGUCCCCGUAUAGCAAAGGUAGUGCGAAGGAUCACGUGCAUUGUUGAGCCUCUAGAAUUUGGAGUUGUGCUCUCUGGAAAGUCAUGGUGUAACAGCCAAGCCAUUUUCCCGAAAGGAUUUCGGAGCCGGGUUAAGUACAUUAGUGUUCUUGAUCCUACUGUUUGGUGUUAUUAUGUUUCAGAAGUACUUGAUGCAAGACAGGCUGGACCUCUGUUCAUGGUUUCUUUGGAGCAGUGUCCAGGUGAGGUUUUCAUCCAUAAUACAGUUGGCAGAUGCUGGGAAAUGGUGAGAGACAGGGUCAACCAAGAAAUCACAAGGCACCAUAAGUUGGGAAAACCGAACCUUCCUCCUUUGCAGCCACCUGGGAGUCUUGAUGGCUUUGAAAUGUUUGGGUUUACGUCACCAGUUAUUGUACAGGCUAUAGAGGCAAUGGAUAGGAAUCGCGUUUGUUCCGAGUACUGGGACUCUCGUCCCUACUCCCGGCCUCAAGUGCAGAUUCCACAAAAAAAUCAGUCUGAAGAAACUAGAGAAAACUUUAAUAGGAAUGAUCAAGAGGCUGCCGGCAUCAAUCUCUUGUCUAGUGGGGUUGAUACAAUACUUGGAGGCCUGUUCAAGAAGGCUAACCUAGACGAAUUAAACUCAUUGUACAGCAUUGUAAGUGACAAUCAGCAAACUGUUGGGCGAGGCCUGGUGACACGACUUCUUCUUGAAGAGAUUCAAACUCGUCGGCCAACAUGACUAUGAGCUAUGGCUUGGUUUAAUUUAGGAUUAGACACCAAACUUGCUGAAUCUGCCAGGUUUGGACUUGUGUAAAUACUGCUUCCCUGAUUUCAGGUUGCAUGUACAUCUCACUCAACCUGCCCAUUCAUUUAUACUAGGAAAAAGGGGGGCGGGAGAACUAGGGGGUGAAGAAAAGGCUCUUCUGUGGAGUUUUGGUUUCCGUGUAGCAGUAGGAACCAAUCUCCAGCUAUUUGUACUCGCCAAAAAUCUUAGUGUAUACCCAUAUGAAUUGUCGCUGCUCCUCAGUUAUCUAAACAAUUGGUAGCAUCUACUAAA